UUUUGCACCGGAUCGAUUGGCACCAUGACCCGCCGCACAGGCAGUGGCUUCCUCCUCUUGGCCCUGGGUGUCCUGGGCCUGCGCUAUACCUUCGUUGGCUCCAGUAGUGGAGCACGCUCCAGUCGUGUGGCGAUGGAGGCGGAGAGGAAGUUCAUCGUGGGUGGAAACUGGAAGGCUAAUGGCAGCCCUGAAAGUGUGAAGAAGCUAGUGGAGGAGCUGAACGAGGGUGAGGUGACUUCCAAGGACGUGGAGGUGGUUUGCGCCCCCCCCUUCGUAUUCCUUUCCGAGGGGCAGGGCACUUUGCGCAAGGACUAUGCCGUGGCUGCACAGAAUUUGUGGGACAAGGACCCAGGAGCGUGGACAGGUGAAACCCCUGCGCAGAUGUUGGCCGACAUGGGAAUCAAAUGGGUGGUGCUUGGCCACAGCGAGCGCCGCGAGAAUUGUGGCGAGACCAGCCAGAUCGUGGCCGAGAAGACCAAAUUUGCAGUGGACAAGGGGUUGAGCACCCUGACCUGCAUUGGCGAAAAGUUGGACGCUCGAGAGAGUGGCAAGACCUUCGACGUCCUGGAUGAGCAGUUGAAACCACUGGCCGAUGUCUUGUCCGAGGAGGACUGGGAGAAGGUGGUCUUGGCCUAUGAGCCCGUCUGGGCCAUCGGCACCGGCAAGGUGGCCACCCCCGAGCAGGCCGAGGAGACGCACGCCUACAUCCGCAAGUGGCUCAAGGAGAAUGUCUCCGAGAAGGUGAGUGACUCGGUGCGAAUCCAGUAUGGUGGCUCCGUGAACGACAAGAACGCCGCCGAGCUGGGUAAGCAGCCCAACAUCGAUGGCUUCCUGGUGGGUGGUGCCUCCCUGAAGGGUGGUGGUGACACCGGCAGGUCCCGCGAAUUGGGAACGUUGCGCUCACCGCACGAU